AAAAAUCAAAAAUUUGCCGACAUUCCACAUAAAGUGUACGUACAAGGAAAUGUUACGUUUGGAUAUUUGAGUACAUUUCGGGUAAAAAAGUGGAUACAGUUAAUUAAUAGGUGUACAGAAGUGAAACACACAGUAUAUUCCGUGAAAAUCAUAAAUUCGACAUCCCGAAAGAGCACAGUCUCUCGUAAAAUGUGAAUAAAAUUUGUGUUUUAAAGUUGAAGGAAUUGGAGGAUAUUUUGAACAUAAAAAGUGAGAAUAAUUGUAGCGUAUAGAAGUGAUACCCAGAAAGAGCACAGUCUCUUGUAAAAUGUUCAUAAAAUUUGUUGUGUUUUAAAAAUUGCAUAGUGACGCGUGUCCUUCACAACGGAACAAAAAAAAAAGUUUUUUGAGUGACUUGUUGAAAUAAAAAGCGAUGGCUUCACCAUCACCGCAAAACAGCCCAAUGGCUCCACCUCAAGCUCCAAGUCCAAUGGGACCUCCAUCACAGAGCCCAGCGCCAUCACCAUCUCCGCAUAGUCCAUACAAUUCGUCGCAUAUUCAGGGCCCACACGGUCCUCCUCCUCACGGAGCAACACAUUUGUCGCAAGGACCACAUCAGCCACCUCAAGGAGCUCAUAUGCCUCCAAUCGGUAUGCCGCAAACACUCGGUCCACCACAUGGACCACAAAAUCACGGAGCACAGAAUCCUCACGGACAACCGAAUCCACACGGACAGCCUAAUCCGCACGGACAACCGAAUCCUCAUGGUCCACCGAAUCCUCACAGUCAGCCUAAUCCGCACGGCCAACCGAAUCCUCAUGGUCCGCCGAAUCCUCAUGGUCAACCGAAUCCACACGGACAACCUAAUCCGCAUGGCCAACCGAAUCCUCAUGGUCCACCGAAUCCUCAUGGCCAACCGAAUCCACACGGACAGCCUAAUCCGCAUGGCCAACCUAAUCCUCAUGGACAACCGAAUCCUCAUGGACAACCGGGUCCACAUGGACAACCGGGUCCACAUGGACAACCGAAUCCUCAUGGUCCACCGAAUCCUCAUGGCCAACCAAAUCCACACGGACAACCUAAUCCGCAUGGCCAGCCUAAUCCGCAUGGACAACCGAAUCCGCAUGGACCGCCAAAUCCAUCGAUGGGAGCACAUGGACCACCAAAUUCACAUCCUCAUGGAGCACCACAAAACAUCCCACACGGACAACCUCCGAAUCCCCAUGUUGCUCAUCCACAUGGUCCCCAAAAUCCACAUGGACCACAAAAUUCGCAUGGUCCUCAACCACAUGGACCACCGAAUUCGCAUCCACACGGAACUCCGCAGAACAAUCUACAUGGCCAGCCUCCGCAUGGACCUCAACCGAAUUCCCAUGUAUCUCAGCCACAUCCACAUGGUCCACCACAACAUCCAUCGCACAUGAACGGUCCAUUGCCACCGAAUUCUGCUCAAGGUGUUCCACCAUCGCAUAUGCCUCCUAAUGCACAGCAUAUGUCACAUCAUCCAUCGAUGGGAGCGCAUGGCCCACCAAUGCAACAAGGACCGCCGAUGUCUCAAGGAUUACCGAUGCCUCAAGGUCCGCCAAUGCCUCCAAUGGGUGGUUAUCAACCUCAAAUACCGCCAAAUGGUCCACCUGGAGCACCUGGUCAAGAAAACCUAAACGCACUGCAACGAGCAAUUGACUCGAUGGAAGAAAAGGGAAUGCAAGAGGAUCCACGUUAUUCUCAACUGUUGGCUCUGCGUGCAACGUCUAAACAGCAGAAUUUGAGCUCCAAUCAAAUGCAACUGCUGCGUGCUCAAAUCAUGGCCUAUCGUUUACUUGCACGUAAUCAACCACUAUCGAAGCAGAUACAGGCAGUCAUAAGACAAGAUGCGCCACCGCAAUGUCCAACACCACCACCAUCAAGCCCAUAUCCACCAAGUGGUCCACCGCCGUCUGCACAGCAGCAACAACAACAGCCACUUCCUCCACCACAGGCACAACAGCAACCACCACAACCACCACCACCACAACAACAACAGCAACAACAGCCUCAGCCACCACAACCCCAACCGCCUAUCCAAUCACAACAUCUCCAGCCACAACCGCCUAUUAUGCCUCCACAGCAACAACAGCAACAACAACCACCACCACAACAGCAGCAACUUCCACCGAACGCUCAGCCACCAAUGAAACCUGGAGACAAACCGAGUGGCGGACAACCACCACAAAUAACUGCUCCGACUCCAGGCUUGGCUCCAUCACAGAAUGCACUUACGCAACCCAAUCAACCAGCUCGGCCGAAUUCACAAGGUUCUGCUAAUGUUCCUCGUUCUGAUAAGCCGGCACCAGCUCCGAUUUCCAUGAAGCAACGUUUCACGACAGUCGCCAAACCAGCUGGUUUAGAUCCCAUAACCAUUCUACAAGAACGAGAGAAUCGUAUGGCGUCUCGUAUAGCUCUGCGUAUGGACGAAUUAGUAAAUCUACCGGCAAAUAUGCCCGAAGAUCUGCGCAUCCAAGCUCAAAUUGAACUACGUGCGUUACGUGUCCUAAAUUUCCAACGACAACUACGAAGCGAAAUAAUUCAGUGCACUAGACGUGACACUACGUUGGAAACGGCCGUAAACGUGAAAGCUUACAAACGGACCAAACGUCAAGGAUUGCGUGAGGCUCGGGCUACAGAGAAAUUGGAAAAACAACAAAAAUUGGAGGCCGAACGCAAACGUCGGCAGAAGCACCAGGAAUUCCUUGCUGCUGUCAUUCAACAUGGCAAAGAUUUCAAGGAAUAUCAUCGCAACAAUCAAGCCAGACUUGGCCGCAUUAAUAAGGCAAUCAUGAACUAUCAUGCCAAUGCCGAAAGGGAACAGAAGAAAGAGCAAGAACGUAUCGAAAAGGAACGUAUGCGUCGAUUGAUGGCUGAAGAUGAAGAGGGAUACCGAAAACUGAUCGAUCAGAAGAAAGACAAACGUUUAGCGUUCCUGUUGUCACAAACUGACGAAUACAUCGGCAAUUUAACCGAAAUGGUCAAGCAACACAAAGUUGAUCAGCGCAAGAAGAAAGAGGAAGACAUUCGUCGCAAGAAGAAGUGGAAGAAGGAAUUGCUUCAGAGUGGCGAAUACACGAUGAUCGACGAGAGCUGUUCGGCAGCCGAUUUAAGAGUCACUGUCAUGGAUCAAAACACCGGCAAACGGUUAACCGGCGAAGAAGCACCAUUUUUGCGCGAUCUACAGCGCUGGUUGGAAGCUCAUCCGGGAUACGAAUGGGUCGAUACCGACAGUGAAGGUGAUUCGGAUGAUGAAGAUCAUGGCAUCAGUGAAACGAAAAAAGAUGAUCCUGAGAAGACGCAGGCGAUCAUCAAGAAAGCUAAAGUGGAAGACGACGAAUAUCGUACUGAAGAGCAGACAUACUACAGCAUUGCUCAUACCGUUCACGAAUCGGUUACCGAACAAGCAUCGAUUUUGGUCAAUGGUAAAUUGAAGGAAUACCAAAUCAAAGGUUUGGAGUGGCUGGUAUCGCUGUACAACAACAAUUUAAAUGGAAUUUUGGCCGACGAAAUGGGUUUGGGUAAAACUAUUCAAACGAUCGCUUUGGUCACAUAUUUGAUGGAACGGAAAAAGGUCAACGGCCCAUACCUGAUUAUCGUUCCUCUGUCGACGCUGUCCAAUUGGGUGUUGGAAUUCGAAAAAUGGGCGCCAUCAGUUGUCGUUGUUUCGUAUAAAGGAUCACCGGGUGGACGACGAGCUAUUCAAAAUAAUAUGCGAGCCACCAAGUUCAACGUGUUGUUGACAACGUACGAGUAUGUCAUCAAAGACAAAGCUGUUUUGGCAAAGCUUCAGUUCAAGUACAUGAUCAUCGACGAAGGUCAUCGCAUGAAGAAUCAUCACUGCAAAUUGACUCAAGUGCUGAACACCCAUUACAACGCUCCGUAUCGUCUACUGUUGACCGGUACACCAUUGCAAAACAAACUUCCUGAAUUGUGGGCGUUGUUGAACUUUUUGCUGCCAUCAAUUUUCAAAAGUUGUUCCACAUUCGAACAGUGGUUCAAUGCACCGUUCGCAACGACCGGUGAAAAGGUCGAACUAAACGAAGAAGAAACGAUUUUGAUCAUUCGUCGUUUGCACAAAGUGUUGCGUCCGUUCUUGUUGCGUCGUCUCAAGAAGGAAGUCGAAUCUCAAUUGCCGGAUAAGGUCGAGUACAUAAUCAAGUGCGAAAUGUCAUCGUUGCAGAAAGUCCUGUACCGACACAUGCAGAGUAAGGGUGUUCUUCUCACGGACGGAUCGGAGAAAGGCAGCAAAGGCAGAGGCGGAGCCAAGGCCUUGAUGAAUACCAUUGUUCAGUUGCGAAAACUGUGCAAUCAUCCGUUCAUGUUCCAGCACAUUGAAGAGAAAUAUUGCGACCAUAUUGGUGGUCAUGGAGUGGUCAGUGGACCAGACCUGUAUCGUGUGUCCGGUAAAUUUGAAUUAUUGGAUCGUGUGCUGCCGAAACUGAAGGCAACCAAUCAUCGUGUGUUGCUGUUUUGUCAAAUGACCCAGUGCAUGACCAUUAUCGAGGAUUAUUUGGGAUGGCGACAAUUUUCGUAUCUCCGUUUGGAUGGUACAACAAAAUCCGAAGAUCGUGGAGAUCUUCUAAAGAAAUUCAACGCUAAAGACUCGGACUACUUCGUCUUUCUGCUAUCUACCCGUGCUGGUGGCUUGGGAUUGAAUCUUCAAGCUGCUGACACUGUCGUCAUUUUCGACUCCGAUUGGAAUCCCCAUCAGGAUCUUCAGGCACAAGAUCGUGCCCAUCGUAUCGGUCAACGAAAUGAAGUUCGUGUGUUGCGUCUGAUGACGGUUAAUUCGGUGGAGGAACGAAUUCUAGCUGCUGCCCGUUACAAAUUGAACAUGGACGAGAAAGUCAUUCAGGCUGGUAUGUUCGAUCAGAAAUCGACCGGUUCGGAGCGGCAACAAUUCUUGCAGAGUAUCCUUCAUCAAGACGAUGCCGAUGAAGAGGAAGAAAACGAGGUACCCGAUGAUGAAGUGAUCAAUUUGAUGAUAUCGCGUAGCGAAGAUGAAUUGGAGCUGUUCAAGCGCAUGGACAUCGAGCGUAAGGAAAGGGAAUUGAACGGAAAGGCUCGACUUAUUACUGAAGAUGAAUUGCCCGAUUGGUUGGUUAAAGAGGAUGAUGAAGUCGAUCGUUUCGAUUAUGGUGAAGAGGAAAGCAUACAGGGACGUGGUGCCAGGCAGAGAAAAGAAGUCGACUACACGGACAGCCUAACGGAGAAGGAAUGGUUGAAGGCAAUCGAUGGUGAAGAAGAUUUCGACGACAAUCCAGAGGAUGAAGAUGAUCGUGACAAGAGAAAGAAAUCGAGAAAACGAAAGAGUCGAAAGGAUAACUCUGACGACUCGGACGGUGAUUUGCCGCUGAAACGUAAACGACCAGCUGAUCCAAAGGUAAAGAAACAAAUGCAUAGAGUGAUGCAGUCCGUCAUUCAGUACACCGAUGCUGAGGGACGCACUUUGAGCGAUCCGUUCAUGAAGUUGCCGUCGCGCCAGAAACUGCCCGACUACUACGAAAUCAUCAAAAAGCCGGUCGACAUCAAGAAGAUCAUUCAACGCAUCGAAGACGGCCGGUACUCCGAUUUCACCGAUUUGGAAAAGGACUUCGUGCAGCUGUGUCAAAAUGCGCAGAUCUACAACGAAGAAGCAUCGCUGAUAUACGAGGACAGCAUCAAUUUGCAGUCGGUAUUUUUCGAUGCCAAGCAAAAGACCAACUUGGACGACAUAUCCGACGAUGAGGAACAGCCCGACGACAAUUCGGAGGACGACUCGAAUAGCAUGAAAAAAUUGAAAAUGCCCAAAGCCAGCCAAUCGACACCGUCGACCAGCAAGAAAGCGACACCAGUGCCACCGGCCCGUCGAAAGCGAUCGGCACAGCAGAAAAAGUAUGCAAUAUCGGACGAUGACGAUGAUAUGGAUUGAAUUGUGUGUGGAUUUUAGUGGAUUUUAAUUAAGAAAAAUUUCUUUUUGUGACUUUUUAAUUCUAGAUUUUAAACGUUUAUGCUAACCAGAUAGUGUGUAGUGUCACCAUUUACCACAUAAUGUAGAAGCUAUGACUUAAACACUCAACAAUUUAUAUAUAGAGAGAGAGACAGGAAAACGGAAAACAUUUGCAAUUGCGACAAUGUAUUGUGGUUUAUUUAAAAUAAAGGAAAAAAAUAAAAAAAAAAUUCU